UCCCAAGUUUUCGGCUUCUUCUAGUGUCUUCAUGCCACGAAGAGAUAUAUUGCAAAAUGUUCCACUCAGAAGACAUACAGUCUGAGAGUGGAUUUUCCCAAAUCUCCACUAUUAAGAAAGACGCUUUUGAUUGUUUUUCUUCUCCACAAGAACAAACCUCAAAUAAUACAGGAUAUGGAAAAUCUCACCACUGCAAAAACUGCUUAAAGAGUUUUAUAAAAGAGAGUGCUCUUAAAACUCACAAGUGCAUUCACACUGGAGAGAAACUGUAUCACUGCUCAGAGUGUGGCAAGAGUUUUAGAGACGGUGGAAACCUGAAAAGACACCAGCGCAUUCACACCGGAGAGAAACCGUAUCAGUGCCCAGACUGUGGAAAGAGUUUUAAUCAACAGAGUGACCUCAAAAGGCACCAGCGCAUUCACACUGGUGAAAAACCGUAUCACUGCUCAGAGUGCGGGAUGAGUUUUAGAAACAGUGCUAACCUCAAAAUGCAUCAGCACGUUCACACCGGAAAUAAACCUGUUUACUGUCCAGAGUGUGGACAGAAGUUCAGUUGUAGUAUUAGUCUGAAAAGACACCAGCGCAUUCACACUGGUGAAAAAAUGCAUCACUGCUCAGACUGCGGAAAGAGUUUCAAUCGAAAAACUCACCUCCGAAUUCACCAGCGCCUUCACACUGGAGAGAAACCGUAUCACUGCUCCGAAUGUGGGAUGAGUUUUAACCAACAGACUCGUCUCCGAAUUCACCAGCGCCUUCACACUGGUGAAAAACCGUAUCACUGCUUGGAGUGUGGGAUGAGUUUUAGAGAAAAUGCUAACCUUCAGAUACACCAGCGCCUUCAUACGGGCGAGAAACCGUAUCACUGCUCAGACUGUGGAAAGAGUUUUAUUCGCCAGGCUCACCUCCGAAUACACCGGCGCAUUCACACUGGAGAGAAACCGUAUCGUUGUUCGGAUUGUGGUGUGAGUUUCAGUCAACAGACACGCCUUCGUAUUCACCAGCGUCUUCACACUGGAGAAAAACCGUAUCACUGCUCAGAGUGUGGGAUGAGUUUCAGAGAGAGCGCUAACCUACAAACACAUCUUCGCAUUCACACCGGAGAGAAACCGUAUCACUGCUCAGAGUGCGGAAAGAGUUUUAGAGAGAGUAGCACUCUCAAAUCACAUCAGAGGACUCACACUGGAGAGAAACCGUAUUAUUGCAUGGAGUGCGGGAUGAGUUUUAGAGAGAGUGGUACCCUCAGAAAACACCAGCGCAUUCACACUGGAGAGAAACUGUAUCACUGCUCAGAGUGCGGGAUGAGUUUUAGAGCAAGCGGUAACCUCAGAAGACACCAGCACAUUCACAAACAAGUUCAAUCUGCGAAAGAUUUGGUUCAUGAGGAAGAACAAGCAGAGCUGAGUUUAGAUUGACUCUGUUGUCUGAUUUAAAUUGCUCACAGUACACAGUCUUUGUGAAGUUUGUGAAGUAUAGGCAGACUCCCAAGUAUGGAGUGAAUUUUGUUCCAAAAGUUUUACGCAAAAAAAAUUUAAUUCACAAUCGAAAUUUUAAGAAUCAAAAGGGAAAAAGUGUGUGUUGCAAAUUCAUUAUUCUUUGCAGUUGGUGAAUUUUGCAUUUUCUGUGAAUAUUUGUGGAUUUUGCAGCUAAAGACUUUUGCUUUUGGAAUUUCUGGUUUGCUUCUGAGAUUUGGCACAGUUUUCACAGGUGGGCGGGGCUUAGAAGAAGGCGUUCCCCUUGAAUCUCCAUUUGUCACCUAUUUUGAACACUCGGUAGGGCGUGGUAGGUCUCAGGUGAGGGUUCAGGGUACCCGUCACUCCAAAAUCAGGUGACCAAUGGAGAUUCAAGGGGAAUUUCUAUUCUUCUGAGCCCCGUCCACCUGUGAAAAAUGUGUCAAAACUCUGAAGCAAA